AUGAGGGUUUGCCUCCCUAAAGGGGCCGGGAGGACCUCCAAUUGGAUCGAACGAGGAGAAGGCCGCGCCGCCCAACUCGCGCGGACGGUGCUCGCCGCUCGCCUCAUGGCGAGCCGCGGGUUGGACACCUGGGAGGAGCUAACGGUGCCGAUUUUGCUCUCCAUCAUAAAUAUGAAUCUUCGCGACAAGUAUGCGAGCCUGACGGAGCUGUGCAACGCCGAGGACGUGAGCGAGGAAGGGAUAGCCGAUAAGCUCAAGGCCGCGGGCUACAAGUACGUCACGAAGUUCAAUCAGUUCAAGGCCGAUACGUAG